AUGGAGAUUAUCUCUACUGAUCCUCUGAUAGCGAAAGGUGUUGAAUUGCAACAGCCCACAUUGCAUGAUCCUAAACCUCCUGCGAAAACCCUAGCUGCGCGAGAUUCUUUGUCGCAGCCUGCGGAAACCCUAGAUGCGCGAGAUUCUUUGUCGCAGCCUGCGGAAACCCUAGAUGCGCGACUAAAGGGUUCGACGUCUGGUUUAUCUGCGGCAGAGAAGGAAACCAUUAUUGUUGAUUUUCAUCCAUCCCCUGAAAGAAAUGAGAACGAGAUUGAUGUAGUUAAAGUGCAUAACUCUAUUCCAGCCCCAACUACAAACAAAUUCUCGACGCUACAAGAUAUGUGCGACGGUGAAGUUGAUUUGCCAGUUGAGACGAAAGACGAAGUUGAGAAUGUGUAUACAGAAGGUAAUGAUGUUCAAGGUGAUAAGCCAGCUGCUCUGAUGAAUGAAUCAGCUCCAGAAGCGAUAACUGUCAUGGAUGACAAGUCUGCUACUCCUUCAAACGAAUCGAUUACCGAUGUUGUUUUAUCAAGCAUGUCGCAGCCGGUGCUUGGUAAGUUCCCAGAUGACUCUUUCGAGAUGGACAGCCAAGAUGAUAAUGAAGACUAA